AAUGAGAAUUUUUGUUUUGAUUAAAUCUAUAAUUUUUGGUUUGGAUCAAAAAUAGAAAGUCAAUUAAUUUAAAUUCUUCAACAAGAAAAAUGUACUUUGUCUCAAGUUUUUCAAAAUAGUUAUUAUAGCAACAAAAGCCUUAACUAUUAUUUCAGCUUUUUUCGCACAAGUCGCCUCUGGAUGCAUCCUUGAUCAAAGGGGCGCAGCAAGAACAAUCCGGGGACUGUACUUGGCUAGAUGUGAACUUUGAAUUUGAACAGUACUUGGGAGACGACUAAUGACGUUUCACAAGAACACAAGUUUCACAAGAACACAAGUUUCACAAGAACACAAGUACAGACAAGAACACAUAUUAAGAAACGGCUACGAGGCGUUUAAAAAGUUGGACUUGAACACCGCGCUUUCGGAACGUCGUGUCAUGCGUGAUAUGCUGCAAGAGAUGAGAAGCACGAGCAAAGAAGGUUUCAAUCACAGCAGCUGUGAGGCUCUUGAAUUUAAGCUGGUCAUUCAUAAGGGCUUCAACUUGAUAUCUGGAAUCCACUCUCCUGAGGUGGUGGAUCAAAUUCAUAACUUCGAGAUUCGAGACUCUGAUGUCUUUGUCAUUACUUACCCCAAAUCAGGCACUGUUUGGUUGCAGCAAAUCCUCAGACUGAUUGAGGUCAAGGGAGAUGUUACAGCAACAAAUGAUCGGCUGAAUUCUGAGCGUAUCCCAUGGAUGGAACUUUUAGAGUCUGAGAAACAGUUUGUUUCUGCCCCUUCCCCUAGGAUUCAUGUGUCUCAUCUACCAUACAGAUUUAUGCCACUUGGAUUGAAACAAAAGAAGGGCAAGGUCAUCUAUGUGGCCAGAAAUCCAAAGGAUGUUUUGGUGUCUUACUUCCAUUUUCACAAAUUUGCAAAUAUGCUGGAGACCCCAAAAGACUUUGAUACAUUUUUUGAGAAAUUCUUGGAAGGAAAUGUUUUUGGCAAUUGCUGGUUUGAGCAUGUCAAGAGCUGGUGCUGCCACAGUGACGAGAUGAACUUCUUGUACAUUACAUAUGAGGAGAUGAUCAAGGACUUGCGGCCAGUGGUUGAAAGGAUCGUUUCAUUCUUGGGGAUGGACUUGACACCACAGCAGCUGAAUGAUGUUGUUGAGCACAGUACCUUCAGAAAUAUGAAGAACAAUCCUCAGGCCAAUUACCAGCAGGUCCCGGGCCUCCUGCUGAACCACCAGCUGGGAGCCUUUCUAAGGAAAGGAACUGUUGGUGACUGGAAGAACUACUUCACUGUGGCACAUAAUGAGAGAUUUGACAAAGUGUAUCAGGAGAAGAUAAAAGAUAUUCCUCUUUCUUUCAUGUGGGAUAUGAGUGAUCUUGUCACACCAUGAUUUAUUCAGUCUCAUCAUAUGUACUCAGCAAGUAAAAAAAAAAAAAAAAAAACCUAAUAAUUCUAAGCAUUAA